CAUUAAUUCUCCUCCCACUUCCGGCUCGUUCUCUUUCCAGCCUUCCAUGCCACGAUGGUAAGAGCUUUUCUGAUUCUUCUACAGGCCCAGCAUGUUGAAUUUAAAUAUACAGACCAAAAUACACCGGUGAAUUUGUCAUUUAUUUGUAGAAAAUACUCCUAUGUAGUCCAUUCUUCAUAAUUUUCGUAGAAAGGGUGUUUAUAUGUGGUAUUUUAGUUCUACAUAUGGUUUGCUAACUAGCCACAACAGGCACGCGCUAACGUAUAUGCGUGUGCUUGAUUGCCUGCUAUGGGUCGGAUGUUGAAAAUCAUGGAUGUAAAUUGUAAGCCGGGUGAUCAGUUCCAAACUGUAUAUUAUAGUAGUUAGGUGCAUAAUCAGUUUUAACAUGUCUUCAAAGCCGUUAGAAUAACUCGCUAACGUUAUCAACAUUAAGAGGAUAGGAAACUAACUAGCAGUUUACCUUAACAAAGCCUACGAAAUAAGUUUUUCCAAGGAGUAAACAGGCUUCUUCUGAGUGCGGUCGUUGUCAGAAUGAUGCGGCACAGAUGAGUAGGGAAACUAGUAUCUUUGAAUGCAGUUGUUGAGAUGUUAAACAAAUUUCCCCAAGUAUUGUAAGUUACAUUUAGAUCAGAUCUGUGGAGAAUUUACGUCACAUGGUCUAGUCAGGUUGCAGGCUCACACAGUAGGUUCAGUAGUUAUCUGAAAAUAACUUCACAUCUCCUCAUCCACCUCUCCCCAGACUAAGAAGAGAAGGAAUAACGGCCGUGCCAAGAAGGGUCGUGGACAUGUCCAGCCCAUCCGCUGUACCAACUGUGCCCGGUGUGUGCCUAAGGACAAGGCAAUCAAGAAGUUUGUCAUCAGGAACAUUGUCGAGGCUGCUGCUGUGAGAGACAUCACAGAGGCUAGCGUGUUUGACUGUGAGUAGCUGCUGAAUGAUGUCAUCAAACAUACAAAUAUCUACGUUUUUUGUGGCAAAUUGAAAUGCAUUUAUCUGGUGCGGUGGGAGGAUUAUACUGGGGGAAAUGUGAAAGUAUCAGACAAGCGCUUUUGCAUUUUUUUCCUGUACACAUGUUGUGGCUGUAUUAUCAAUGUUCUGGCCCAGCUGUGAGGUGCCGUUGAUCUAACCUUGUCCUUAUUGUUGUCCCCCCUCUCUAGCAUAUGUGCUGCCCAAGCUGUAUGUGAAGCUGCACUACUGUGUGAGCUGUGCCAUCCACAGCAAGGUGGUGAGGAAUCGCUCCACCGAGGCCAGGAAGGACCGCACACCACCACCUCGCUUCAGGCCCAGUGUAAGUUAUAGGACCUUAACUUCACUAGGCGCUGAAAGGAGUAAACGGCCUCAAUAGUGCACCUCCCUUUAAUCAAACUACUGGAAGUACUGGGUUUGAUGCGAUGGCAGAGAUUAUGGAAGAACGUGUUGGGUGGACUGCUACAUUCCAAAGCCAUGUAGCCUAAAAAUGUCAAGUUAAAUUGACCUCAGCUAGUUAGUCAAUUGACAAACUAAACUCAUUGACCCAUGGGGUGGCGCACAAUUGGUCCAGGGUAGGGGAGGGAAUGGCCGGCAGGGAUGUAGCUCAGUUGGUAGAGCAUGGCGUUUGCAACGCCAGGGUUGUGGGUUCGAUUCCCACGGGGGGCCAGUAUGAUAAAAAAAAAUGUAUGCACCAACUAAGAGCGUCUGCUAAAUGACUAAAAUGUAAAUCUGAAAGCAUGAUAUUAUUAUAUUUCUAUAUUAUCUGAAUCUAUUUCAAUUCACCUAGUCUGGGACAGGAAGUUAAGAUGGUAGACAAAGUGAAAGUAGAUUGAAAGCAUGUUAUGAAUAUUUGACUAAUUGUUUUUAUUUUCUCCCUUCUAGGGUGGUGCCCCAAGACCACCUCCAAAGCCCAUGGGUUAAUGUGGUGGACAAUCCUAAGGAUUACUGUCAUUUUUAUGUGAAAAUAAAAGUGAUUUAACUGUACAUCAGAA